AUGCCGCUCGAGCAAGUCCUUCUACAAAUCAAGGAUGAUCCUUCCUUGAAAUGGCCAGUGAAAAUAAAGGGAGACCCCGAUAAACGCAAUAGGAAUAAGUAUUGUUGCUUCCAUAGAGACCAUGGGCAUGAUACAGACGAGUGUUUUGAUCUAAAGCAGCAGAUGGAGAAUCUCAUAAGGCAAGGAAAGUUAAGAAAUUUCCUUGGACGAGACCACAAGGACGAGAAGUUGAAAGGGAAGGUGGAAGAGUCAUCACAACCACCGCUUGGAGAAAUAAGAGUUAUCAUAAGAGGAAAUUCAAUAGGCCAGUCGUCCAAGUCAAGGAAAACAUAUCUCAAGGUAGUGCAGAACGUUCAACUAUCUGGACGAUCACCAAGGACGAGGAACACGAACGAACAAGCCAUCACAUUUACAGAUGAAGAUGCUGAAAGAGUUCACCACCCCCAUGAUGAUGCCAUUGUCAUCACUUUGCUUAUUACCAACUAUGCAACAAGAAGGGUGUUAGUGGACAACGGAAGUUCAGUAGAUAUUUUGUAUUAUCCAGCUUUUCAGCAGCUGAGGCUAGGACGAGACCUACUUCGUCCAGUGAACUCGCCCUUGGUAGGUUUUAGUGGAAAGAAGGUGCAGUCUGUAAGCACAGUUACAUUACCUGUGGUGGUAGGGACAUAUCUGCAACAGGUAACCAAACAUGUGAAUUUCCUUGUGGUAGUUUGUUCGUCCUCCUAUAAUGCCAUAAUUGGAAGACCAACUUUAAAUAGUUGGAAGGUGGUUACAUCUACCUAUCACUUGACAGUCAAGUUUCCAACAGAGUAUGGAAUAGAGCAAGUACAAGGAGACCAGCUAGCAGCAAAAGAAUGUUACCUAGCCAUGUUGGCCAUGGACAAACAGGUUUAG